CUUUGCAUUCUGUCAGGAUGCCUCAUGAAACACAGGACUAUAUGCUGAUUUUCUGUUCCUAAGCUUUAAAGUGAUGAAGUUGUGGUUUUCUUAACGAGAAUUGGAAAGUUUCAGAGACGUCACCACACCACACAGUUUAGAUAACGCCCUCUUUUGUGCUGUAGAAAUGUCAUUUGUGUCAGGCAGCUGAAUUACUUCAGAAACUAUAAAGGAAGUGGUGUUUAACAACAUGCUUGCUGAAGGUGAAAAGCAAUUGAACAUGCGCUUCCGUUCGAUUUAUCAACAGACAGGAUAACAUGUCUGGUUUGCUAGACAGCUUUGCACCACUUCCUUCCAUAAGUCUGGAUCACCUUUGCUCAGAUUCAUUUGUCUGAGUCCUGUUAGGUACAAGCUUACAACAAAGAAAGUCUACAGUCAACACUUUCUCAAGAUUGUUAUGACAUCAGCCCAUCCAACACAGUGGAUAAAUUGUGACACAAUCUAAGUUUUUUCUAAAACAACUCUUUCCAAAAAUGGAGCAUACAGCAGAUCCCAUUAUGAAGGAUGAAAACUGUGUGGUAAAUGACAAGAUGGUGCCAUUUGCCACAUUCUACAUCAUUAUCUUCUUGAUAGGCAUGGCUGGCAGCCUGGUGGCACUCUGGGCAUUUAUACACAGUAGAAACGUCAAGAAGUGCAUGAAUGUCUACCUGAUCAACCUUCUGACAUCUGACUUCUUGCUGACAUUGGCGCUACCAGUAAAGAUCGCUAAAGACUUUGGUGUGGAAUCUCAGAGACUAACAAUUUUCCACUGUCAAGUCAGUUCACCACUCAUCUACAUCAACAUGUAUGCCUCCAUCAUAUUUCUGGCUUUUGUCAGCGUACAACGUUAUCUUCAGAUUACCCAGAGCUCCAAGCUGUUCCGUCUACAGGAGGUUGGCUUUGCCCUGGUCAUGUCGGCUGUAGUUUGGGUUCUGGUGCUCUUCAUCAAUGUCCCUAACAUGGCUAUCCCAAUCAAGGACAAGAUUUCUAACAGCACUUUAAUAACAUGUAAAGACAUUAAGCAGGAUGUUGGCAAACACUGGCACACACUCUCUGUUUUUCUGGGCAUGGCAAUUUUCCUGAAUGCCUCUGUUGCUGUGCUUUUGUCCAAUGGCCUUGUACUUAAACAGUUUUGGGGCAAACGUGGAGGAGACCCUCAGGAACAGGCCAGUGCUCACCAUGCAACUGUCAAUAUCGCCAUGGUGACAGUGGCUUACGUUGUCUGCUUUGUGCCAUAUCAUGCAGUUCGAAUGCCUUAUACGUUUACACAGAAUGAGAUAAUCACUGACUGUGGUGUUAGGAAGCACUUAUUCCUAGCAAAAGAGUCCACUUUGCUUCUGGCCAUCCUAAACCUGUGCUUUGAUCCAGUGCUGUACUUUUUUUUCUGCCCCUCAUUUAGACACCAGAUCACACAGGUUUUUACUAAAAGGAGAAGGGUAGAAAGAAACCCAGAAUCUGUCCUAGAUUAAAAGCUACAACUGCAGUUAGUUUCAUAAUUUUGAAGAAUAGAUGUCAGACAAAAUUACAAUAAUAAAAAAAACAUGUGAAACCAGUUGCUGAACAGGAUGUCAGGGUCUACAAAAACCCUUUCAAUACCCAGAUGCCAGAUAUGUACAAGGGAUACUUCCUUUGCUAUACUUAUAUAUUCGCUCACAUAAAUCAGAAAUGUCUACCAAAAAAAUACCUAAGAAAAUGACAGAAUUUUGUAUGUAACUGUUUUUUUUUAUUUUAAAUCUAUAAAAGGUACAAUUUAAAGCUAUGCUGCCUUCAAAGUAUUGAAGACCAAUAUUAAAUGGGAAAAUCUUGUUUAUAGCAUUGCACUAUAAGUAAAUUCUUUUCAACAAAUCUACAUAUUAAUAUUUCUGUUAAUAUAUACAGGUUUUGCAGUUUAUUUUGCACAAAUGGAAUUAGUUACUCACAUUAUGUACAAUUAAAUAAUCCUGAGAUUUCACAGUUUUAUAAGAAAUUAAAAUAUAAGAAAUUAAAGUAAUUCCUGCUUUGCUGAUUAUUUGUUUUUGGAAUAGGCCGUGUCAAACACUGAAUUCUAAUAAGACCAAGUGAUGCUAGGAACGUAUUUAUUGUUUUUAGUCUGCCAUUUAUUUUAACCAAUUACCAAGAAAGUCACCACUUUUCUAGAAUAUGAACACUGAAUAAUGCACACAGGGAAAAGCCCUGAGAUGACUCAUGUUUCAGAUUGGUUUCAAUGACACAUAUAUUGUUUUCACUUUUACAUUCAAAAACUGCACCUGAUUUAUAAAUCUUGUAUAUUUACCUUCAA